AACAGUUAGACAGCCCAACGUGCAUUGUUAGUUUGGCAUUUUCAAAGUCUCUACAAUGGAGAAGAAACACUGUAUUAUUGUAACAGUUGUAAUUUCUCUGGUUAUUGUCUUUGUCGCCGUUGUGUUGGAAAUCACACUGGGGAAGAGAACAUUCAAGCAAGAAUUCGAAUACAGGUGUUCCAAGUUUGAAAGUAGUAAGAAGUACAACUGUACAGAGAUAUGGCAUGAGUUUGAAAAAGCCUAUGUGAACCGCGACCCGUGUAAGAUCCCCAUGAAUGCCUAUGACUCUUUAGUUGCUGCGGCGCCCUUUGAACAUGCAUACAACAAAACGUUGUUCUGGAGUAAAACAAAGAAUCUGGUCCGUGACUUAACUAAGAACAGGGAUGAUGUCAAUUUGGAGAAAACUCUGCUGGGAUCUGUGCUGGAUGGUCUGACCUGGUGUGGAAAGAUGGGCAGCAGUGAAACAUUCACUAAAGGCUGCCCAGAGUGGAAUGAAUGUGUGAACAAUCCUCCUCGCUCUUUUUGGAACAGACUCUCAACUGCUUUUGCAGAUGUUGCCUGUGAGGAUGUCACAUUAAUACUAGAUGGAUCCAUCGACACACCAUUCAAUCCUUCAACUACUUUUGCAACAAUUGAGGUGAAGAGGAUCAAAUACCCCAAGGUGAAAAGCCUAACAGUUGUUAUUGUCCCUCAAAAGUCAAACUGCAAUAGUGAAUCUUUAAAGGCUUUAAAGAGUGCGCUGGUUCAAGGAAUAACAUAUAACUGCAAGGAAGUGACUGAAGCUAAGAUCAAGAAGUGCAGCUCCGAUCCAAAGACACCCAUUGGGAAGUGUUGGUGAUGACGUGUGAACUCAAUAUCAGAUUGGAUUGUGUGACAAAAUGACACACAACAAGCCUUACAAAUAUUUUGCCUAGAGUUUAUUUUUGAAAAGUCUUUGUAAAUUGAACAAUGUGCUAUUAUGAAGUACUUUAAAUAUACUGUAUCAUUAUUUUUGUAUGAGUUUGACAACAUGUGAAAUUACUCUUUUUUUAUGUAAAUGUCAAUGACCCAUUUUUACAAUGACAAUGCUGUUUUUUUAAUCUUUUUUGCUUUUUAAUUACGUUCAAUUGACAAUCUCGCUUGUAUCGUUUUCUGCCUUUUAUAUGAGAACAAUCUGAAAAAACCCUCAACAUUAUCGAUCCUAUUUUUUAGAAUAAGUACAUAGAGCAAUGUUGAUAAACGUAACAAUGCAUUAUUGUUUAAUAAAAGAAAAAGAAAAAAACAUUAAAAUAUGGAAAAAAAUUAAAUAAAAUGUGUGUUAAUAUAAGGAUAAAUAUGGGAUGUAUUAAUA